AGGCUUCCCACAAUCCAGCCGGCGGGACAAACAUGGCGUCUGCAGGGAACCGUAUCGCGGAACUGUGUGAGGAGUUCUGGCAGUGGAGACUGCGGGAGAGCCCGGAGUUCGCCACCUCCACAGGCUGCCACACGUACGACCACCUGCUGGAUUCACACAAACCACAGGCUUACGGAAAACGCAUGGUGUUUUGUGAGAAGUUCCUGACGACGGUGGAAGACUGUGAUGACAGUGGAGCGACUGCUGAGGAGAAGUUGAGUCUGAGACUGCUCAAGACAGAGAUCCAAACUUACCUGGACGGCAUCAAGUUUAGUCCCCAUCUGUACCCUAUCAAUACUAUGGAGGGUCCACAUGUGGAGUUUGAGCGCCUGAUCUCCUUCAUGAAGUUCAACAACAAACAGGACUAUGACAUGUACUUCUCCAGGCUCAAGGCAUUCCCAAAUCAGGUAACAGAGAUGAUCAACCUGAUGAAACAAGGAAUUGUAGAGGGAAGAACUUAUCAUCAGUUCAGCAUGAUUGGUGUGUGUGAUGCAAUACAAGACCUGGUCUCCAUGAAACCAGAGGACUGUGGUAUCUACGAGCCACUCAAGAAAGUUCCAGAGGCACUUGGGACAGAAACAGUCGCCAAACUGCAGGCCGAGGGUAGAGCCUUAAUACAAGACCAGGUGUUUCCAGCAUUCCAGAAGAUCAAAGACUUCAUAGAGCAGGAGUACAUCCCAGCCUGCCGUCCCUCCAUAGGCUGCUCCUCCCUGCCGGAUGGUACGGCCCACUACGAGGCUGCGCUGAGGUUCCACAUCACGUGUGACAUGACGCCGCAACAGGUGCACGAAACUGGGCUAGAGGAGGUGGCCAGGAUCAGGGAGGAGAUGCAGAAGGUUAUGGAAAAGGUGGGGUUUUCAGGAGAGUUUAAAGACUUCUUGGAACACCUUCGUAAGGAUGACAGCUUCUACUACCCUUCAGAGCAAGAGCUCCUCGAUGGCUUUAAGGAUAUGGCAAAUAACAAAAUCCGUCCAAGACUUCCACAGCUCUUCAACGACAUUCCAGACAAUGAGCUGAGUGUGAUCCCUGCCCCACCCAGCAUGGCUAACAGUCCAGCAGCGUUCUACCUGGCACCCAGUGAUGAUGGCAGUCGUCCUGGGAUCUUCUAUGUCAACUGUUCAGACGUCAGAAGCAACCCCAAGUAUGAGAUGAUGACACUGGCCCUGCAUGAGGGGGAACCAGGACAUCACCUACAGGCUUGCUACUCCCUCAACCAGAGAAAUUUGCCAAGCUUCAGGCGUUUCUUUGAAGACCGGCGGUACUACGAGGCCCCAGGCAGGUUUGCCAUGUACACUGCAUUCAUGGAGGGCUGGGGACUGUACUGUGAGUACCUGGGAAAGGAGAUGGGGCUCUAUGAGGACCCUUAUUCUCUGUUUGGCCACCUGUCAUUUGAGAUCAUGAGAGCCUGUAGACUGGUUGUGGACACUGGCAUGCAUGUCAUGGGAUGGUCCAAGGAGCGUGCUGUUCAGUACAUGAAGGAAAAUUCUGCUGUUUCUCCCAAACACAUUGAGAUUGAAGUCAACAGGUACAUCACCUGGCCUGGACAGGCCUGUGCCUACAAGAUUGGGAUGAGGAAGAUCCAGGAACUGCGAGAAAAGGCAAAAACAGAACUAGGUUCCAAGUUUGAUGUCCGUGAGUUCCAUACUGUUCUGUUGGGCUGUGGUUCUGUACCUCUCAACAUCCUGGAGGAGGUGGUGCACCAGUACAUACAGGACACCAAGCAGAAGUAAAUCCUGCAUUGCAAUGUAUACAAUACAAUCCCAAGGGGUGCCUAAGUACAUGUAUUCAAACAAAUUCUGUUCACCUCAUAUGGAUUAUAAUGAGAUUCAUAGAAAUUCUACUUAAAGCAUACAAACUGGAAUGGACAAAGUAGUGGCUUUUAUAAAAAAAGAAACUGACAAAGGAUAAAAUUUCAGUUUUUCAUGAUGAAUGAAAUUCAUAAAUAUUUUACAUAAAAGUAUAAUAUUUACGAAUUUCAUAAACUUCUUAUGUUUAGGCACUCCUGAUCCCAUCUUAAACACCAGAAAACAAACAGCAACUCUUUCAACCAUCUGCAAUCCUUGAAAUAUCAAGUUUGAAACUUAAGACAAUCAAGUGAAGCAGUUUUGACCACUCCAUUGUAUUUGGACAUGAAAAGUUUUAACCUGUAUCUGUUCAUCAAGCACUUUGUACCCAUUAUCCUGGCUACAUUAUAUCUUCCUGCUGUCUAGUCAAGCUGUAAGGCUAGUGAUCGUAUAUUGUUUAAACCAAUUGACUUCUCAUUGACAGUAAAAAAUACUUUAAAAAAUAGGACUUUCUGAGGAGAACAUGCAAAGUGUGAUUGUGAAUUACAACUUCCUCUCUCUAAAGGUAGAUAAUAUGUAACGUCUUCUCUUCCUAGUUAAGGAAUGAGUGGAAAUGUUGCAGAAGACAAUGGUAUGAUACUUAAGGCACAUAAUUUAAGCAUUCUC